AUGGAUCGGAAAAUGGGUGUAAUGUCGCUCUGUACGGACGAUGAUAACGACUUCAAAAAACUCGAUAUUCUUCAUGAAACUUACAAAAAUGUAAGCAUUGCUUAGCUAAAAUCAACAACAAUCUGUACAAAUUGUGUGCUUUCAGUCGUAUGCGAUAUUCAACGAACUCCGUCAGAAGUGUCAGCUCUGCGACGUGGCUUUAGUUGUUGAAAACAAAAAACUGUCAGCUCACAAAGUCGUCCUGGCAGCCACGAUUCCGUACUUUCGAGGAAUGUUCACAUUGGACUUGAUGGAAGCGAAUAUGAAAGAAAUAAGUAUUGAAGGUCAGCUCAUCUUCCAUCUGGAGCCAUUGAACCUCUGAAGUUUCAGACAUGAACUAUGACACGGUUGAGCAGCUUCUCUCAUUCGCGUACACUGGAGAACUGCGGAUAUCCACAAGUCAGUAGGCCUGAGAGGAUCCCCACUAAACCGAACAAUUCCAGGCAACGUACAGUCCAUCAUGAUGAGUGCCAACUUCUUCCAAAUGCUCGAGGUCGUCCAGCACUGCGGCACCUUCCUUCUCACUCGUCUCCAUUCCUCCAACGCCCUCUCAAUUCGCGAAUUCUGUAAAAUGAUGUGUGUAGAAGAAGGCAUAGUCGAGGAAGCGAACGAUUUCGUUCAAGUAACCUAUCGCCGGUCAUCGUAGUAUUAUUUUACAAAUACUCAUUUCAGAAGCAUUUCACAGCAGUCGCCAAAGAAGAUGAUUUCAAGAGGUUACCAGUGGAAGAUCUGAUAGAGCUACUGCAAAACGACAACUUGUAUGUGGAUUCUGAAGAACAGAUUUACGAGUUUGCGAUGGAUUGGCUGAGAGCAGAAGAAGGACGGCAUGAGUUGGCUUCCAGGUGAGAAUCGACGAGAAGAAGAUGUCCGUUCUAACAGAAAUCCUCAGAGUUCUUCCGUGCGUCCGAUUGCCUCUGCUCAGUCCUACUUACCUUUCCUCUAUUGUCGCCUCCAACCCGAUCAUCAAGAAAGACAUUCCGUGCAGAGAUCUAGUCAGCUGGGCUCUCUUUUCAAUGGACAAUUCCUAUUUGCAGAUUGACGAAGCAAAAGACUAUCAUCUGCUUCCGGAACGCCGAUCUCUCUUCAAAUCCUUCAAGUGCUCUCCCCGCGUGUGCCAAUGCGUUCCCUGUCUCAUUGUGGCCAUCGGAGGACUCAUGCACGUGACCCAGUCCAAGUCGUCGGUUGAAAUAUAUCACCCGUUCCAUAAGACGUGGACUCCCAUUGACGGAAUGGUCACUUUGAGGACACGAGUCGGAGUGGCCGUGAACCAGCGACAUGUUGUUACAAGUGACUGCAACCAUUCAAUCGAAUGCUUUCAGGUCUACGCAAUUGGAGGAUUCAACGGUCAAGAUCGGUUGGAUUUGGUCGAGCGGUUUGAUUACGACACAAUGAAGUGGACCACAGUAAACAAGGCUUCCAGAAUCCCCUAGUAUCUCUCCGUUUUCAGCUGCCUUCUCUCUCUCGCAAACGAUCUGCUCUGGCAGCCGCUUUUGUGGAAAAUAAGUUGUACGUUUGUGGUGGAUACGACGGUCUCGUCAGUCUUUCGUCCAUCGAAGUAUACGACAUCCAACGGAACGUCUGGGAGGCGGGACCGGCGAUGGAGAGCCAGAGAAGCGCCGCCGGAGUCACCGUCAUCGGAAAACAUAUUUAUGGUGAGAAGCCCCUCGGCAACCUGAAAAUUUAUUGACUUCUUUCAGUUUGCGGAGGGCAUGAUGGCAUGCAAAUAUUUCAAUCGGCUGAAAGACUGGACACGGAAUCGGGUAUCUGGGAGAGAGUUCCUCAGAUGAUUCAGAAGAGGUGCCGAUUCGGAGCGGCCGCCUACAAAGGCAAGAUUUAUGUGGCCGGUGGAUACGAUGGAUCGGCAUUCCUGAAAUCGGUAGAAGUCUAUGAUCCAAUCACGAAAGAGUGGUCACCCGUGUCUUCAAUGAAUAUGCGAAGAAGCAGAGUCUCUCUUGUCGCCACAGUUGACGGACUGUUCGCUGUUGCCGGGUUCGAAGUGCCCAUAAUGCCAUUCUUAUAAAUCCGACUGUUUCAGAUUCGACGGAGAGAACAAUCUGUGCAGCAUGGAGCAAUACGAUGACGUGACCGACUCGUGGAGCAUCGCCACUCCUCUCAACUGCCACGAAGGCGGCGUCGGUGUGGGUGUGAUCCCGAUGCCUCCGCACAUGUUCUAA